GACACAGGCUCCAUGUCUAUGACAGUACUAUUUGAAAAUCUUACAGGACCUUCAUUGUAAGCCAUUGAAUGUAGGGUGUUGAAAGAAAAAGAAGGGCUGUGCUUGUGAAGGAUGCCAAAUUUGGACAUUUCAAUAGGCCCAACUCUGCUGGCUGGCUGAGUUGAGUUUAUUGAGUCUUCUCAUUGGCAUCAUGAUUCGAACAACUCGGUCAUCGUCCAACCCUCCGUCUCCAUCAUUAGUUCCUUUGAUGACCACAUCCAUUCAGGACGAAGAACAGGAUUUAUCAUCUCUGUUACCUUCACAGCCCUCGGUCUCAUGGGAUUCACUACGCAAACAAGCGCGACAGCUUGAAAACGAAGUGGAAACCAAAUUAGCAUCACUAACAAAGGCUGGCUCUAACUUGCGGCGAAAAGGAGCACCCGAAUCGUCAGGAUCAUCGGUGGCAGAAGUAACAGAUCUUGAGUUUGAGACAGAAGAGCUGUUGAAACGACUACAAAAUGUGAUAACAUCGAUGUCAGAAUUUCUGGAAAGACCGAGUGCGACACCAAAUAACCCUUCAAUGCUGCAUAUGCUUCAACGGCAUAAAGACAUUGCUUUUGACUAUAGCAAAGAGCUAAGGAAAGUCAAGGCCAGUAUACGAGCUGCCAAGGACAAAGCCGACCUGCUCACCCAAGUACGAGAUGAAAUCAGAACGUUUCAUAAUGGUGGAAGUACAUCCGACUACAUGUUAACGGAAAGAAACAAGAUCGAAAGCUCUCAUAGGAUGACAGAUAUGGUGCUUGAUCAAGCCUAUGCAACGCGGGAUGACCUUGGACGGCAACGUAAUAUGCUACGUGGCGUCAAUUCGAGAAUGGGAGGUGUUCUUGGUCGGCUCCCUGGAAUCAACACUCUAAUUAGCAGAAUCAAUACGCGUCGAAAGCGGGAUACCGUCAUCAUGGCACUAGUUAUUUCUAUGUGUACUAUUUUAAUAAUGCUCUAUUGGCUGAGAACCUGAGCUAUGCUCAUAAUUGCCUGUGUUUAUCAAAUAAUUCAAAAAUAAAAUAUUGAAACCGAGGACAAUGGCAAACACGGCAACUUGCUCAACACAACUGCAAGG